AUGGCCCCCAUCAAGACUUCGACGACAACUCGUGGUCCUGCUGUCCGCAAUGACUGGCAAGACGGCGACAUCGCCUUCCUCAGGCCAAUUUCCGAGUUCACUCAAUCCGAAUACGAUGAGCACAUAAAGAUUGGAAAUCUUCAUCUCGGCGCCGCCGGCCAUCCUGUCGUCAUUCUUCGACGCCCCAGAAACUCCAAGUACGCUGUAGUUACCACCGUGUCGGCCUAUGCAUCCGACGCGAGUAACGGCUACCUCGCACCUUGGAAGCAAAACAAGCACCAGAACCGGUGCAGCAAAUACGAUUUCCGCUCAUUCGUUGGCUCGGAACGGUCUGACCCCGAACGUCCCUAUCUUAAACUCGAGGGCGAUAAGUUAAUGCCCAAGGAAAAAACGAGCUGGGUCUGCCUUCAAUCCAUUCACCUGGUCCGCUUGACCACAUUGAAGACUUUCACCAGACCCAAAUCACAUCUCCGCAUGGCAGAGAAGAGUCUCCGGGAUCUUCGUGCUGACAUCAUUAUGAGAAAUCGGAAUAUCAAGACCAUCCUGAACGAUCCCAGGCUCGUCAAGUUGAACCCCCCUGUCAAUACUGGGGCUGGGGCCUCUUCAGCCAAGGCUGUCAACACCGAUGCCCUAAACAACAAGCCGAUGGCUGCCUCUACUUACGCUCGCUUUCCAGCUAUACCAUCAAAAACAGCACCAGCAGCUCAACUUAUCACCACGGUUGUGGCAACCCCAGAAUCAGGCCGAGGCAACUUCACUGCCACUCAUUUCCCUAGCCUCUCGGCCGCCACUCUAGUCAAGAGGACAGGCGUUAAGUCGAGAUCAUGCAAGCUUACCGCCGCUGCUGUCAGCCAUACGCCUCAACAGAUGGCCGCUGCCGCUUGA